AUGAAUGCUAUUAAAAAACGGCUGCAAACGCUAAAGCUCGAGAAAGAUCUCGCGAUGGACAAAGCUGAUCUUUGCGAUCAGCAGGCAAAGGAGGCAAAUCGAAGGGAAGAAAAAUUGAGAGAUGAGGUUCGUGAACUGGCCAAAAAGUUAGUGCAAAUGGAGCAUGAUUUAGAAGUGAAUAAGGCUCAACUGAUCAAGUCAAACAGGAAUCUCGAGAUAAAGGAGAGAGUCUAUAUCGUGACUCAAUCGGAACUAGCGGUACUUAAUAGAAAAAUGCAGCAGUGCAUGCAGAAUUUAGAAAAGUCGGAGGAGCGACGUUUGUCGGCUCAAGUAAAACUCGCGCAAGCCAUGGAAACCGCUGAGGACGCAAAACGUAUCUGCAAAGUCCUAGAGAACAGGAGUAAACAGGAUGAAGAAAGGAUGGAUCAAUUGAUGGCACAGCUGAAGGAAGCGAGACUCAUUGCUGAAGAUGCUGACACGAAAUCGGACGAGAUUUCGAGAAAAUUGGCAUUCGUCGAAGACGAGCUGGAAGCGGCGGAAGAAAGAGUUAAAUCGAGCGAGGCGAAAAUUCUCGAGAGGGAGGAUGAGUUAUUCAUCGUUGGCAAUAUAUUCAAAUCCUUGGAAGUGUCCGAAGAGAAAGCUAACCAAAGGGUUGAAGAAUUUAAAGCGCAGUUAAAGGAAUUAAAAGUAAAACUGAAAGCUGCUGAAAAGCGUGCCAUUAUCGCCGAGAAAACUGUCAAGAUAUUCACGAAAGAAAUGGACAAGAGGGAAGAUUAUCUACUAAAAGAAAAGGAAAAAUACAAAUACAUCUGCGACGAUUUGGAUUCCACGUUUUCGGAGCUUACGGGAUACUAAAAUAGACUUCAAAUCGAUCGUUCGAUUACAUCGAUCGUUAAUCAGAAGAUUCGCAUUGCACAAAAACAUAAAUAUAAACUUUCACGUUUACCGAAUAUCUUAUGAGGUUCGCCCAGAAAAUCGAUCCUAUGUUUACUUUACACGAUAUCAAUUUAUUUAAUCGAUUCUACGAUCGACACAAUGCAUCGAAAUGUCGUACCACAGAUUUAAUACAGUUUAAAUUUAAUCGACAAUUCGUUUUAAUCAUACAACCUCCGAUCGCAGAACGGAGAAAGAAUUUGCGAGCUUAUUCACUUUAUGGAGCUCUGCGAUGACUUUUUUGCGCAAUCUCGCGCCACGAUUGGACCGUCCGCGCCAUGCUCGCGCUGGUAAGCGCUUCCUCUCCCUACAAUGACAUUAUUAAUUGUAGUUACAAUAACAAUUGUCCAUUUGAUUUGUUCGCUCGUUUCCUCCAUCCAUAUAGAUGCAACAAUUAAAGUAUAUUCUCCGAGCUGCACGGAUUAUCGCAAAUGACGGGGGAUGCACCGAGUUAUGUCAUUGCAUCAUCUUUCGAGAACCGUGUAAUUAUUCGCGAUGCAAAAUGUAUAAAAAUCCGAUAAACCAAUUCAAAUGUACUUUAUUAUCGCGACGAGAUUUUAAAGUAACAAAUUUCAAUCGGAUAAAUGACGAGAUCGUUCAAUUCAAAUUAGCUUCGUGAAAAAUUGUACAGUAAAAAAUUCAUUGAUCAGUCAUUAAAUACUUUUUCUCACAAAUAACUUCUCACACGAUUACGAUAACGAAGAGAAUUAACUGGUCCCUGAAAGGUUACAGCAAGAUCUAUUGACAGAACUCGGUCGGUCCAUGACGCAAGAAAAAUGUACAAAAAUCGUAUCGACGAAAAUGUCCCGGCAAUCGCACCAAGAGCAAGACGGCGAAUCGCACUUCGUCCUCUUCGAAAAGAUUGCUCUAUCGAAUUUAAUCGAACACUACGAGUUUGAUUGACGUGCUUUCCUUAUAUACAUUAACGAACGCGUCGUACAUAUCUGUAUGCACGCGUCUUGAUGCCCGUGUACUCAAACAUAUUGUAUUCUACAUACGUAUUAUCUACGGUCUCGUCUUCGUAGUGUCGCGCACAGCUUUUCUUAAACUUAUUGGCAUUAUCUCGCAAUAAAACUGGAAAUUCUAAACGUUCCUUAAUAUUAUGUCAUAAUUAGAAUUUCUUAGUCUCUUCCCUAACAGCAAGGAUCUUCAGGGAAUGUCCUUAGGAUGUCUGUAUGUUCUUUAAAUAUCCUAAGGACAUCUCCAGAAUGCAUCCUGAAUAAAGUGUGCUAUUAGAGUUCUUAUACUUCUCUUUCCCAUAAGAUUAAAAUUAUUAUCGUUUUGUACGAUGAUGUACUGUAAAUUCGGAGCAGCUUCCUUCGCGCUGAAAUGAACAAGGAAGUGGAAGAACAUUCGCCAUCACAGAUGUCCAAAUAUAAAAAAAACAUCGUAUAAUACAUUUAACUAUUUAAAAUGACGUUUAUCGACGAGAGAAAACGGAUUAAACAGGUUUUUUAACAUUAAAAACGUUACCACGAACUUGGUAAAAGUUACAAAAACAUGCUUCUUUUUUUCAUUCCGGAGUGUAUAAAGUGAUCUCAAUCGGAUCCUUUAAGGUCGCGGUAAGUAGUCUGCGGAAUGGCAGUGUCGUGGAAAUAUUGGAAGCUCGCGGCGCAGUAGAAUGCACGCGUUAAUUAAUUAAUUCUAAUGGCGAUUUUUCGUAGUACUUUCGAGUUCAGUCUGAAAAGGAGUUCCGCUGGUACGACUUAUUGCGUAAUAGUAAGAUUGGUCGCGUCGGAUCACAAAGUCUCGAAGGUGCACGACAUUAGAAGAGAGAUCUGAAGAAGGAGAGAGCCACAGCUCUCCUUCAAAUGCCUUGGCCGAAAUUUAUACAGAGCGGAAAACGAGAUUGCGCUACGAUCAGCUUCGUAGCUUCAUACUCGAUUCCUCCAGUCGUAACGCGCUUCGCGUACAGGAAAACAUUCUACAUAGAAGUCUUAGGUUUAAUAACGGACUUAAAAUAAUCAACGGUGCUAUUAUAUAUAUAUAUUUAUAUAUAUAUAUAUAUAUAUUCGUACGUAUAUAAACUUUACAAUGCAACAGAGCCGAACCGUCAACGAUCCGCUUUUUGGAGACUUGGAAGUCCGGUCUCUUCUCCUUUCCUAUCCGUUCUUAUCCCAAUUCUAAUAACAUGCGCGCACCGAAUACAGGAUGAGCAUGAUUUCCAGGAUGGCAACAGUUUCGAGCUGCUUCAUAUAUUUAUGAGAAACAAAAAGGAAAAACUUAUUAAAUGUUAAUAAUAUAA